AUGACAAAUACUAAGAGAUCGAUCACCGGAAAGAAUCAGGGCGGGGUGAUUCGGAUUCCGAUGAGAUCUUGCGAUCGGUUGGAGGAAGCACUGUUGCAGUGCCAUCGUCGGAUGCCGGAGGGACCAGCAAGGAGAUCAGGCUGCAGACAUUUGAACAAGGCGUUUGCGGAGUGCGUGGUGGCGGAGGCUUGUCCUGAUGAAUCAGAGGCGGUGAGGUCGCUUUGCUCUAGCGGCGGAACAAGCCUCAAGCGUAAACAGUGCGAGGACGCUCAACUAUCACUAUCUCUAUGUCUCUCUCGUCAUCAGAGACAAUUUGAGCAGCGGUAGAUAUUAAGAGGAGCCAUUACUAUAUGUUGUUGUUGGAUGUGGUUGAGCUUUGUAAUUGGGGGAAUUAGAGGUUUAGGGAUUAUAAAGUCUGAUUCUUUUAUUGCAUCUGUUGGAGAUGAGAGAUCAUGAAUAGUAGAAGAAUGUGCUGAUCAUUUUGAGGAGAUGAGAGGAAUCAUAAGAUUGUGAAUUUUGGUUCAUCUGCAUUCUGCAUUAGUCCUCCUUAUAUGGGUUUGGUAUAGCGAAUUGGGUUUGAAAUCUGUAUUUGAAAAAGCUGUUAUGAAGCCGGAGACAUUAUGGUGGGAGUUACUGCAAACUGAGUAGUUUUAGUUGCUUGGUUUCUUAAUCUGCAAUGGUCGAAUCAAUUACAAUACUUGGAUAGUUGGAUGCUGCUUCUGAUGGAUUGAAAUGAUUAGAAUCGUUUCUUUUUGUUAGUCAUUUCCAAGUCUUCUCAGCUGUUCUUGCUUAUGUACAUUGGAUUCAGACUAUUUCUGCUUUCUGUAAAAGAUGUUGGAAACAAUGAGCUUAGCUUCUGUUGCUGAGUGUGAUCAAUCAACAACAAACAAUACUGUACCACACACAUGUAAUUCAUACAUCAUUUACCUUUUAGUUUCCUUUUUA